GCUUCCCGGCGCAGCUGCCCGCUGUCUCCUCCCGGGGCUGCGGCGAGCCGGGCCGGCCAGCGUCCCCACCCUGCGCGCUCCCUCCCCACCGCCGCUGCCGGGGCGGGGGAAAGCGAAACCAAAGCGACCCUUCCACUCCGCGCCGGCAGGCCGGGUGCAUCGAGGCCGCGAUCGUCCAGCCGCGGAGCGGGGAGCGGCGAGCACCCGCCCGAGGGUCCCGGGUCUUCCGGCUGCUUACUGCGGCUGCGGGGGCGGCGGCGGUGCUCCUCCCUCCUUUCCCCUCCCGCCACCCGCCCCCCGGCCGGUGAGCGGUGCGCAGGAUGGGCAGGUGCUGCUUCUACGCGGUGGGGACGCUGUCCCUGCUCCUGCUGGUGACCAGCGUCACGCUGCUGGUGGCCAGAGUCUUCCAGAAGGCCGUGGACCAGGCGAUCGAGAAGAAUAUUGUGUUGAGGAAUGGUUCCGAGACCUUUGACUCCUGGAAGAAGCCCCCUCUGCCCGUGUACAUCCAGUUCUAUUUCUUCAAUGUCACCAAUCCAGAGGAGAUCCUCAGUGGGGAGAUCCCUCGGGUGGAAGAAGUGGGGCCAUACACCUACAGGGAACUCAGAAACAAAGCAGACAUUCAAUUUGGAGAUAAUGGGACGACGAUAUCUGCCGUCAGCAACAAGGCCUAUGUUUUUGAACGAGACAAGUCUGUUGGAGACCCUAAAACCGACUUACUUAGAACAUUAAAUAUCCCUGCGUUGACCGCCAUGGAAUGGACCCACCUGCCCCUGCUCCGCGAGAUCAUCGAAGCCCUGUUGAGGGCCUAUCGUCAGAAGCUCUUUGUGACUCACACAGUGGAUGAAUUGCUUUGGGGCUACAAAGAUGAAAUCUUGUCCCUCAUCAACAUUUUGGAACCCGACAUCUCUCCCUAUUUUGGCCUGUUCUAUGGGAAAAAUGGCACUAACGAUGGAGACUACGUCUUUCUAACUGGAGAAGACAAUUACCUUAACUUUUCCAAAAUUGUGGAAUGGAAUGGAAAAACGUCUCUUGACUGGUGGACUGCAGACACGUGCAAUAUGAUCAACGGGACGGACGGAGAUUCUUUUCACCCAUUGAUCACUAAAGACGAGGUCCUUUAUGUCUUCCCAUCUGAUUUUUGCAGGUCAGUGUAUAUAACUUUCAGUGACUUCGAGCGUGUACAGGGGCUUCCUGCCUUGCGGUAUAAGGUGCCUGCAGAAAUAUUAGCCAACACCUCAGACAACGCUGGCUUCUGUAUACCUAAAGGAAACUGCCUGGGCUCAGGAGUCCUGAAUGUCAGCGUGUGCAAGAAUGGUGCACCUAUUAUUAUGUCUUUCCCACACUUCUACCAAGCAGAUGAGAAGUUCGUUUCUGCCAUAGAUGGCAUGCAUCCAAAUAAGGAAUAUCAUGAGACCUUUGUGGACAUUAAUCCGUUGACUGGAAUUAUCCUAAGAGCAGCCAAGAGGUUCCAAAUCAAUGUUUAUGUCAGAAAAUUAGAUGACUUUAUUGAAACAGGAAACAUUAGAACCCUGGUUUUCCCAGUGAUGUAUCUCAAUGAGAGCGUUCUCAUUGAUAAAGAGACUGCAAGUCGCCUGAAGUCUGUGGUCAACACCACUAUGGUCAUCACCAACAUCCCCUACAUUAUCCUGGCACUCGGUGUGUUCUUCGGUCUGAUCUUCACCUGGCUCGUGUGCAGAGGACAGGGAUCCAUGGAUGAGGGAACUGCAGACGAACGAGCACCCCUCAUACGAACCUAAUGUGGCAGCGCUUGGGGAAGGAAGUGUGCGAGCUGUCGUGACCCGGACUACGACAUGGGGCAACUGUCUGCGUCCUCAACUUGUCGCCUGGGGUGAGAGGAGGGAGGAGACGCCCAUCGGUGGGAUGAGCGCCUUCCAGCAGAGGUUCAAGAACAGACUGGCCUGCGUGGCCAUCAGGCUUUCUUCAAGCCAGUGGUCCCUGACAGAUUCUGUUUUUCAUGUGUGUAGCAAGUAUUUAAUAAACUCUUGUAUAGUACCUUUUGUUGUUGGGUGCUGGUAGCUCCAGGAUUGUGUGACCACUGUCGUGGUUAUAAUGUCUCUGCAUCCCUCGUUAAUGCUGCUUGGUGUCACCUUAGUCAGUAUGCUUCAUUCACCAAACCUUGUGCUGAAACACAUAAAUACUCUUUUAUGUUGUAUUCCUCCACUCAUUUCAUCUGAAAACAGAAGUAAGUAAGACUUGGGGACCCAGGGUAAAAGGAUAAGCCUCAUUCAGUGUCAUUCAAAUGCAUCUAAUGUCCUCUUUUGAAAAGGUGUAUUGCAUUUCUUGCUCAUCCUCCAUUCAUAAUCCCUCCAGAAAAAUAACUUAGUGUUCUGAUGCCUUUCAUACAGGGUAGGAAUCAAGUGGGAACGGGGUUGGGUGGGGUGAAUUAGGCAGUGGGGCGGUGCUUAUAAACCGACAGGGACAAGCACCUGAGGAUUUGUGACAUGUACUUCUGUGAGUUGAAAGAAUGCAUAAACGGUGUUGGUGAAGACCACACAGAUCUCUUACGUAGAAUAGAUAUGUAGUUCUGAUCUCUGUGCAUAGUUUGUUAUUUUUUUCAGUCAAAAUGAUCUUGAUGUGGAAAGGCGUUUCUAGGAGAAUGUAAUUGGUAACUGACUCCCCCCAUCAUCCUUCGCCAAAUAUGACUGUAUGAAUUACAAGGGUAUUGAGUGACUCUUUGUAAAAUUAUGUAUGAAUAUCAGAAAUUCAUUUAUCCACAACCUAAAAGUUCACUUAAAUUUCAGGACAUCUGACUACGCUAAAGAGACAUUUCUGCUGGGACCGUCUUCUUGGUAACUCUGAAAUUGUUUUUAUAAGUUGUUCUUUCCUCAGAUUCGGUUUCUUCUGAUGUGUUGUGGCUCAUGGUAACUCACUACAGAAAAGUGUGCUUAUACUUCCUGUGACAAUCAUUUUGCUGACAGGGUGAUGGUGUUUUAAAAUAUUGCACAGGAAGUGCCUUUAAGAAAGGUCCCGUAGGACUGGAAGCCGGGCCACCUCUCUUCAGAAGACCUCUUGGCUUUCAGUGUGACCUGAGUCAGAGGAUAGGGAACCAUCUGCUAUCACAGAAUUCAAGCAUAUUUAAGGGCAUUUUCUUGGAUUCUUAAUGUUCAGUAUUCAUUUUUGAUUGAGAAGGCUGUAUAUUUGUCUGGCAAAGUACACAGAGAAUUUCUUAACAACUGAAGCAUUCUACAGAAUUUUGUUUUGUCUUUUUUUUUUCCCCCUUUUUUAGGGCCACAGGUGCAGCAUCUGGAAGUUCCCAGGCUAGGGGUUGAAUCGGAGCUGCACCUGCCAGCCUACACCAUAGCCACCAGAUCCAAGCUGUGCUUGCAGCCUGUGCCACAGCUCAGGGCAACACUGGAUCCUUAACCCAUUGAUCGAGGCCAGGGCUCUAACCCAUGUCCUCAUGGAUACAAGUCAAGUUCGUUACCACUGCCCCACCACGGGAACUCCCAUCUACAGGAUUUUUUGUUUAAAACUGGAUUGCUGAAUAAGCAAAUGAAAGGAAAAAAAAAAAUCCACAGAUUUCACAAACAUAUCUUCUGAUCCUUGUACAGAGGAAAGAAAUCAUUUUAGUUUCCUUGCCCCAAUUUUUCCACUCUCCACACUGAAGAAAUAUGUAAUAGGUUUCCCUUUUUAAGGGGCAAUCCAUUAAAGUCUCAAUUUCUCUAUAAUUUAAGAUAGAACCUAUAGAUGCCCCAAAUCACCAAAAUGUGAAAGGAAGUGAAAACAUUGCAAGUUGGAAAUACUUUGUCCUUAAUAAUGCCAAAUAUCUAGAUUUUUUAAUUCUAUCAGUAUUUAACUAGAAAAGUGGCACCUCUUAUUCUUUCAUGCAUCCACUUACUGACGCUAAUAAAACUGCUAAGUCAGUGCACAGUCACUGGCUCAUUUCAUCACCGGGAAAUAAUCAGCUGUGAAGAGGAAAUUUUUAAAUACUACUAUGUGUGAUAAUAUAACAGUUAAUGUGGGAGACAAAACCAUAGUAUUUUCAUGUGAUUCUUCAUAGUUACGUGGCUUAGAAUCACAUUUGCUGUUUUCUUUCUGAAAAGCCUGUGGCAAACCCCUGCACUGCAGUCAAGAUUAUACCCUGGUUAAGAACAACCAGUGUACCUCUUUGGUUUUAGGUUGAAAAUAACCAAUUGUCCCUCAUGCUCUUGUUCUUAGAGCCGUUAUUCUUUAAGGCCCUCAAAGUGUUUGUGAUGGUCCCAAUCACAAACUCUGAUACUCAGUUUAGGGAGAAACCAGAGAGAGGGUACCUCACUUCUCUUAGGGAAAAUUGAGGAGUUCCCUGAUGGCCUAGCAGUUAAGGACUCAGCGUUGUCACUGUGUCAGCUUGAGUCACUGCUGUGGCUCCGGUUUGAUCGCUGGCCUGGAAACUUGUGCAUGCUGCAGGUGCGACCAAAAAGAAAAAAAGGAAAAAAGAAAAAAAAAAAGCACAUUAGGAGUUGAACCCAGAAUGGGAAAUGGGCUUUGCCAUUUUUAGCUCCAGGUUUUUCCCAUUAGAUUUUAUUUCCUCAUGUUCUGGAAAGUUCACCAUGACUAACCUUUUUUGAAGUUUUAAGGGAGGCUAAUUUUUUAUUUGAAUUGCUUGAGAUGAGAGUUCUGCCAAAGGCGCUUUUCGUCCUUGACAUGGAGGUUCAUUGCUUGUGGCUGUUAAAGAGCAUACUGACCAGAAUGUUCUUCAUGUAGUUCACACUGCUGGUUCCUUUCAUGUGAGUCUUGACAUGUUUAUUUCUACCCAUAAUGCAAUGAAAGAUUUCACUAAUAAAAAAAAACUUUCUAUGAAACUGCA